AUAAGUACGGAGCUUCAUUCAAAGAGCUGUUAUUUCAUCGACAACUUUUUGCUGAGAAUUUUCUUGUUCUCGAUCAAGGUUGAUUAUACUAUCAAGUUCAAGUGCAAGUUUUCAAGAGUCUUCAACUCAUUAGUGACAAUGACCUCUCAAGAAGAAUUAAAUAAUUGUUAUGACUUUGUCAUGAAAUUAAUCAUCGAAUCAGCAAAGGUGAUUCGUGAAGCUAUUCAAGGGGGAAAAUGUAUUGAAACAAAGGCUGGAGAUUGGGACUUGGUGACACAAUUCGAUAGAAAAGUCGAGGAUAUUCUUAUCACAGGACUGGCAGAAGAAUUUCCACAUCACAAAUUUAUCGGCGAAGAAACGGUUUCAUUGACAAAUAAUUUGCCGGAAUUAACAGACGAUCCAACAUGGAUAAUCGAUCCAAUUGACGGAACAACAAACUUUGUCCAUUCAUUUCCACACACCUGCAUUUCAGUGGCAUUGGCUGUCAAUAAAAAACUCGAAAUUGGAAUUGUUUAUAAUCCAGUUUUAGAGCAAAUGUUCACAGCAAGACGUGGUCAAGGAGCAUUUCUAAAUGGCAAAUCUAUUAACAGUUCUAAAGUCGAAGAAGUGUCGCAAUCGUUGAUAUGCAUCGAAGCCUCAUAUGCGACAAUAGAAGACAUCAGGGAUAUUAUUCUUGGAAGACUUGAAGCUUUUGUUACAAUUGCUCAUGGAAUACGAACAUUAGGUUCAGCGGCUUUGACACUGUGUCACGUUGCAAUGGGAGCUACAGAAGUCUAUCAUACCGAUAAUUUAAUGCCCUGGGAUGUGGCGGCUGGUGUUCUUAUCAUAAAUGAAGCUGGCGGUGUAGUCAUAGACACAGCAGGUGGAGGCUUCAAUUUAAUGAAACCAAAAGUAUUGGCAGCUGGCAAUAAUAAAUUAGCUCAAGACAUAGUGGAAUUAAUUAAAGAUGCCGACGCUAAAACAUACCAAAAACGACUGACACUUGCACAAAAUAAAAUUAGCACAAAAGUAUGCACAUCAUAGUCAUAUUAAUUUUUACAAAAA